AUGAAGCUCACAUUGAUGGCUCUGCGAAAUAUGAAGGUGGAGGAGCAGCAUGUUGAUGGUGAGAGCUCGUCGGAGCACUGCAUAUCGCGGUUGCUGACUGCGGUGGAGCGCGAGCUGCAGGUAGGGCGGGAAAAGGGUGACCCCACAGAAAGGGGGCUGCGGGUCACCCUGGAGGACGCAGAGUUGUGGAGGAAGUUCCAGCAUAUCACCAAUGAAAUGAUAGUCACCAAGAGUGGACGACGCAUGUUUCCUGUCCUCAAGGUCAGCGUGUCCGGUCUGGACCCGAGUUCCAUGUACUCCUUCCUUCUCGACUUCAUCCCGGCCGAUGGCUGCCGCUGGAAGUUUGUCAACCAUGAGUGGUUGGCGGCAGGACAGGCAGAAGGAUGCAGAGAGGAACGAGGCCACGGUGGCAUUUACAUCCACCCGGACUCGCCCAACUUUGGAGCUCAUUGGAUGAAAGCAGCAGUGACCUUCAACAAGGUCAAACUGACCAACAAAGUCAACAGAGAAGGACAGAUCAUGUUAAACUCGCUUCAUAAGUACGAGCCUCAUUUGUACAUUGUGCGUGUGGGGUCCCAACAUCAUGUUGUUUCUGACAUUUCCUUCAAAGAGACCCAGUUUAUCGCAGUCACUGCCUACCAGAAUGAAGAGAUCACAGCUCUGAAGAUCAAACAUAACCCUUUCGCCAAAGCCUUCCUGGACACCAAAGACAGAAGGAUGGAACACUACCCCUUCUCAUCGCCUGACCAACAAUACCCCAACAUCGGCUUCUCACAGCUCCAGUAUCCUUGUCUAUGGACGAUUGGCUGCAGUGAGAUGAGCCCCUCUCCUUCCUCGUGUGCCAUUCUCCAAGGUCCAAUCAGCAACGAGAACCUCACGCAACCUGACAACACUGGUCGAGCAGGUGGCACUGGGUGGGCUCCUGGCCCCACCCAGUCUUUCUAA